AAUGUGACAGUCGGAUCGUAGUGCACACACUCCCGAGAAAUGUUGAACACAACAAGCUGCGAACGCUUUAAAGAAAGUUUAUAUUUUUCUAAUUCGCCCUUGUGGAAAAAUAGCAUUGAGUCCCGUUCUUCAUUGGCUACAGACUCUUUAGGUCAGUGGACGGUGUCUCGUUGCAGAGUUGCUGGGGCGUUUGUGGGACUCCUUUCCUUACACGUUUAUUAAGGAUCGUCUUGUUUUCGGCGACUGUGCAUACAUCUCAGAGGACUUCCUGCUUCAAUGCAGCGGGCUUGGCCGUCGGCAAUUACUGCUCUGCGCAUUCUUUAGGAGCAAGACAGCCGAAAGCUCUUGGAUGUUUGAUCUACAAAUGGUUCAUCAAUGUUGGAGCAUCAAUUUGGCUUAACAGUUUUCCGUGACAUCCUAUGCCGUCGUAAACAAGCAGUUGGCCGGAUAACCGGCAGAGACCGGAUAAGAGGAUGGGACUGCUAUAGCCUGGAUCUCUGUUUUGGAUGGUUCCACCGGAGUGUAAUCAGUUGUUACCCCGCCCUCGAGGCCUUUGGGUGGGGCCUCGAUGCCCACACUCCCCGCAGCUAGUGGACACCAUGAGUAACACUGGGACUGAAGAGCCCUCCCUCCAGCCAGGCGACGGCCAGUCAUGUGCCGAGCCUCCACGCAGGGGUAGGGGGCGCCCUCGCAAACUGCCGCAGGAACCUGCGGGGCCUCCAGUCCCGAAGCGACCCAGAGGAAGACCCAAAGGCAGCAAGGACAAGGGCCCCCGCACACCACUGAAGAAAGUAGAGCCACAGCGGGAGAAGAGGCCUCGAGGGCGACCGAGGAAAUGGCCUCAACAAGUAGUUCAAGUGGUAGCAGAGGAACAGCAGGGCCCUUCAGACCAGGCCGUGGAGGGCCCCUCUGAGACGCAUCCAUCUCAGGUUCCAGCAGCGGAGGAAGUGGAGUAAAUAGACAGCUCCUCCUCCACCUACCUCAAGGUUUGGCCUCAAACAGAUGGGGGUAAAAUCCGACCUGACAUCUGCUGCGGGGGGGUUUCAGAGGAAUUACAAAAAAGUGGCGUCUCUAUCUUGGGAUAUUUACGUAGAGUUUCUUUUAGUUUUUUUUUAGUUGAGUCAAUGAUGUGCAUAAAUUCAUUGUUUGCGGUUUUACAAAAUUGUUUUUUACAUAGGAGGUGAUAUGGCUUUGUUUGUGUGUGUGUGUGUUUGUGUGUGUGUGUGUGUGUGUGUGUGUGUGUGUGUGUGUGUGUGUGUGUGUGUGUGUGUGUGUGUGUGUGUGUGUGUGUGUGUGUGUGUGUGUGUGUGUGUGUGUGUGUGUGUGUGUGUGUGUGUGUGUGUGUGUGUGUCUUCUCCGUCGUGCGCGUAUGCAAAGAUCCACAAAGAUUACGGCCCUUUACCGGGGAUGACCUAUGCUUACACGAAGACAUGCAGUUCACCCAGAAUUUAGCAAGGAUUCGCCCUUCUCUGCUGAGAUUUGCGGCAAGGAAACACUGAUCGCCCGAGGAACAUGCGCAAUGUUUUGUUUCCGACAGCCAGACACGAGAUAAUUAAUAAAUAGCUCACCGGGCAAGAUGAAAUCACUGUAAUUUCAGUUGUAUUUUCAGUGCAUUUAAGUGAUUUUACCGAUUAUCACAUGGAUAUAUAACUUUUUCAACAUAUUUUCAAUGGAGCCGACUCAGUCGCGCAUUUCCCAUCUGUAUUUACUCGUCGGUUCAUAUACAUUUCUGGUCGUAAAUGCCAUGCUGCCCCCCUGUCCCUACAUGUUAUCGUGACAGGGAAAUGUUAAUGCAGACACCUCUGCAAAGAUCUAUAUCAUGUCUUGGCAAACGUGGGACACGCACGCAAGUGUGAAUUCAGCUUUUAGUGUUUUGAGCGUGUGUAGGGAUGAGGGAUGGACUGAUGGAUGAUGAAAAAGGAAAGAUUGGCCCUUACAUAAUUUAACUAAUCUUUUAAUAUUUUAAGACAACAUAGUAUAUUAAGAGUCCCAGCCCCCCUGUGCCAAAAUGGAGUAUUUUUGACAGUGACAUCAUUCUGGUACAAUAUUUACUGUGUGUGCUUAAGAAAUUGUUAUGAAAGUACAUAUGACAAGUUUGAUUCCAAAAAUGUUGGUGUCCAUUCUUGGGAAGAAAAAGACAACUUAUUUGUUCAAUGCUUAUAACUGCAUUAUCCAAUUUUCACUAGGCGUACUAUCCACAUUGUCUUAAAGGGGUAGUUCGGAAUUUUGGACAUAGGGCCUCAUUCCCAAGUUAGCCUUGGCGUUCUUUAUCAUUGGAGACAGUUUUCAACACAUUUCAUUCAGUCCUUCUAGUUGCAGAGUUUUCUCGUGCUAGGCUAGCGCACGGCAGGUUAGUUUUAUUUCUAACAUUAGGCUAUCAACACAGACAUUGAAAUCUAUAGUCUGGCGUUAUAAUUGAUUUACCUCAGGUGUACUGUGGAGUGGGUUAGACUGUUUUAUUAGCAGGCUAGCAUUACCCGUUGCCGUGCGCUAGCCUACCACCAGCGAACUCUGCAACUAGAAGGACUGAAUGAAAUGUGUUGAAAACUGUCUCCAAUGAUAAAGAACACCAAGGCUAACUUGGGAACCAGGCCCUAUGUCCAAAAUUCUGAACUACCCCUUUAACUCAUUGUAUGUAUUACUUACUUUGCCAUAGAUCAAUCAUUCAGGAAUUUCUGGUUUCCCAAAUGGUCCUUUACUUUUGGAAUGCAACUUUUCAUAUCAAAUAUGUUGACAUGUUAAUUUACUACACUCAGGAUUAUACUUUUGCGUUGUGUUUUUUUCUCUUUACCAACACAUGUUAACCUCAGGUACAAAACUUUUCAGGAGACUGUCGGAGGGUCUGAUCCAUAUGAUUAUUGCGAUGUGUUUGUUGUGCAUUUCCGAUCUGUAUUUGACGUUCACCAAUUGCUUUGACACAAAGACCUCAUGUAGACCUCUGAUACACUCACACCAACUUACCUCACACUCUACCUCACUUAUAGUACAGAUGAACACACACACACACACACAUACACACACAUACACACACAUACGCACUCUAACUCAAGAACGUGUGCAGACACAUCUAACUUCCAAGAUUCACUUUGCAUGGUUUACACAUUUCACAGGAAUCUACCGAUGCAGGGUGUUAGGUUCAAUCCCAUGUCUCAAUCUUUUGUUUGUUUUUGCAAAAUCUGGCAAAUCCGACGUCCUCUUAGGAAAAAAAUAAAUCAGAAUCAGGAAGCCGGCUAUAUGGGCCUAUUGGGUGCUACGUGGGCAGCGUAAAUAUUAUUGUAUUACCAAAGAAGUCUCUGAAACGGCUCACUAAUUGGGUGAUGGAGUGUUGUUCGGAGCCUAGUUGCCCUAUCCGACUGGUACUAGUAGACUGGUAGACUAGCACCAUACUUGAGUCCAGUUAAACCUGGUCGCGUCCAGUUAAACCUGGUCGCGACCUGGAUUGUGACGGCAGUGAAAUGACACAAAUGCCUGCAACAGGUUUAACCCUGAUCCCUGGAAAGCGGUUGUUAACCAACUUUUUUUUGUCCUUUCCAGACACCUGUGAAAUGUUAGACUCCCAUUGAAAUCCAACUGUCAAUUUCAGGGUCUGUUUUGUACCAAAUCUCUGUUCGAACCUCAAACGAGACUGGCAUGGUUGUCCUCACCUCCAAUCAGCCAUUCUCACACCACUUGAUGAGAUAUUUGUAGUCUGUUUCAAAUGAGAUUCAUCAUUAUUUGUACUCAUUUUACUUCUUUGAGAUCUUACAACAGCAAUUGUAUACGUCAUUAUGUGUUUUCCUUACACUGUAAUUCAUAACAAUGCAAAAUAACGUUUUUAAAAGAUGGAACCUACUAGGUAAUUCACUUAGGACGGAGUCCAGAAUAAUUUAUACAAUAUUUUGGGAAACCAUUAAAAAAAAAUUCGAUUCAAUUCAAAGCUGAAUAACUACUUUUCAUUUUUCAUCAUGUGGCAAAUCUUUUUUGCAUAGGCCUAUGUGUGAACUAUCCAUAAACUACUCCAAAUUUCAGAAUAAUCAACUUUUACUUAACAUUAUCUUCACUUGAGCACUAUUCGGGGAACUGCGACUAAAACAAUAAUAGAUUUACUGUAGGCUACUUUUUGAUGGUCCCUUUGGACUGAUUUAUUUAGCUUUUUCCACUAGACUUCCAAAGCAAGUUAACAGCAUCUCAGAAGAGUGUUUAGUUAUCAUGACGAUACCUCACCUUUAACCAUACGCAUAAUUAAUCUUGAUGUGAUCAAUCUUGUUAUUGAGGGACAGCUCAAAGUAAUAGCUCAAAGUAAUACAAAUACUUCACAAUGCUAGUAUCUCUGGGUGUUGUUGGAAAUGUCACAACGCUAGAUGUGUAAUCUUUUCAAUGAUUAAAAAGUAGAAUUUUAUCAAAACGUUUUCACAUAGGAAUUUAUCCCUUAAUUUCGUGCUUGACUCUUUUUAUAAUUAUGCACAUUUUAUGUGUGUCAUCAUCCACUGAUACAGGUCGAUUUACAGAAGCAACCUGUUACCUUUUUUAUGAGCCUAUACUGCAUUUUUUUGUCUUAAUCUGCAGCCAUAUUGCCAAUAAAAUGUUACCAAAUUA